CCCGCGUGGUGCAGGAGCCAUUUCUGCGGCAUGGCUAAGUGCCACAAUUGCGAUUUUUGCCCCAAUAAUGCUGCGAAGCGCGAUGAGCUGUCUGAGCCUGCGGCAGUGGUCGCCGAGGACGAGGAAGCCCCAGAGCUCGCGGAUGUGGAAGGCCAGUGUGCAAAGGGCUGCUUUACGUCGUAUAUGGCGUGCAUGAGGCGCCCGGACGGAAACAUUAAGGUCUGUAGGGGCGCCAUGUGUCGCUCUCAGUGCCUCAAGUGCAGCUUCUGCAAGCACCCGGAUGCUUAACGGCUCCCUACUAAAUUGAAACGGCCUUGCUGGAAGGUUUCCAUCGGUUCUGCGUCGGUAGCGGGACGGAUGAGUGAGUGAAUGAAUGAAUGGGAUAGAUCUAUACGGCUGUCAUAAGCACCCUGAUAGUUCC